AUGGUUCUUAGAAGCCAUCCCUUCCCCAGGCAAGAGAGGCCACAAGGGAGUUCCCCAAAGGCAGUGCCUGGGGGACCUACAGAUCUUGGCACUUUUGCACACUCUGGGAACAGACACUUUUCAGUGGGGAUGGUCACAGGGGCAGGUGCAGGGGGCCUGGUUGAGGCUGGAUGUCAGCCACCACCAAGAAGCUCCGAGACCACUAGGGCUCCCAUGCCAGGGCCUUCCCCAGGCCCAAGAGGAGCGGGAACCCAGGAGAAAAGUCUAGACUCACUGCCCCCAGCUACAAUGCCCAGGCCCCCUUCGCAGCCCCCUGCGCAAACGCAGUCUGGCUGCACACCAUCCCCCGCUGCGAGGGGGCACUCACAGCCUGUUCCCCAGCCACGGAAGCACAGCCUGCGUGAAAUAGCCCAGGGCUCUGAGCAGGAGGUCAGCCCGGCAGUCCCAGGGCCCCACCAGGGGGAGGUACCUGGGGAGGAGGCCAGCGCUGCAGGCAGCUCAAGGAUGCUCACAGAGAAGCAGAAAGAGGCCCGAAAACUCAUGGUUUUUCUGCAGAGGCCUGGGAGUUGGGGGGUGGUGGAGGGGCCGCGGCAGCCCAGCUCACGGGCCCUGGAGCCCACCACGGCAGCGGCUCUGCGGCGGCGGCUGGACCUGGGCAGCUGCCUGGAUGUGCUGGCCUUCGCCCAGCAGCACGGGGAGCCUGGCCUGGCCCAGGAGACCUAUGCCUUAAUGAGCAACAACCUGCUGCGUGUGCUGGGAGACCCACAGCUCUACCGGCAGCUGAGUGGGGCUGACCGGGAGCGAAUCCUGAGCCUGCGGACCGGCCGGGGCCAGGCGGUGCUGGGGGUCCUCGUGCUGCCCAGCCUCUACCAGCUGAGCCGCUCAGGGCUCACGAGGGGCUCUCACGGCGAGGAGGCUCCUGCGGCAGGGCCUGCACCCCUGCCUCCGCGCAUGCCCCUGCACGUGUUCAACCCCCAGGAGAACACAUGGCGGCCCCUGACCCAGGUGCCCGAGGAGGCCCCGCUCCGGGGCUGUGGUCUCUGCACCAUGCACAACUACCUGUUCCUGGCGGGGGGCAUCCGUGGCUCUGGCGCCAAGGCUGUCUGCUCCAACGAGGUCUUCUGCUACAACCCUCUGACCAACAUCUGGAGCCAGGUUCGGCCCAUGCAGCAGGCCCGAGCCCAGCUCAAGCUGGUGGCCCUGGACGGGCUGCUGUAUGCCAUUGGGGGCGAGUGCCUGUACAGCAUGGAGCGCUACGACCCUCGCACAGACUCCUGGACCUUGCGCGCGCCCCUCCCUGCAGGCACCUUCCCUGUGGCCCACGAAGCUGUGGCCUGUCGUGGGGACAUCUAUGUGACGGGGGGUCACCUCUUCUACCGCCUGCUCAGGUACAGCCCCGUGAAGGACGCGUGGGACGAGUGCCCCUACAGUGCCAGCCACCGGCGCUCCAGCGACAUUGUGGCGCUGGGAGGCUUCCUGUACCGCUUUGACCUGCUGCGUGGCGUGGGUGCGGCAGUGAUGCGCUACAACACGGUGACGGGCUCCUGGAGCCGGGCUGCCUCCCUGCCCCUGCCGGCGCCCGCCCCGCUCCGCUGCACUGUGCUGGGAAACACCAUCUACUGCCUCAACCCCCAGGUCACCGCCACCUUCACGGUCUCCGAGGGGACUGCUCAGUUCCAGGCCAAGGAGCUGCAGCCCUUUCCUCUGGGAAGCAAGGGGGUGCUCUGUCCAUUCAUCCUGACUCUGCCCCGCGAGGGCCGGCUGCAGACCUCACUGUGAGGGGCUGGCGG